AAACAAAACAAAACAAAAUGCCCGCAAAGGAUCAGGUUACUUCUACAGUCAUUACCCGUCCGUUCAGCCAUCGAUCCCAAGCCUUGCUUUGACACUCUGACAAUCUUCUCCACAAUCAACAAUGCCCGCAUCCAUGUCCUUGUUUUCUCCGCCGUCACUACCAACCUUCUCCCCCAAAACCCAUUUUACCACCAGACCCACUACCUAUUUUCCCUUCCCGUCAGUCCCCAAGGCCUCCACACACGAUGGGAUUGGAAUUUCUGCCACCGUGGACGACCCAAAACCUCAGCAGAUAGUUGCAGAAUCUUCUUCUGCUGGGGUUUCGAAGACCGAUGAGAUCUCCGCGGGGUCUAAUGGAGAGGUGGAGGUACGGACAUUUGUAGACCCCAAGUGGGUUGGAGGGACAUGGGACCUCGGACAGUUCCAGAAGGAUGGCAAAACUGAUUGGGAUGCGGUUAUUGAUACUGAGGUUAAGAGGAGAAAGUGGCUCGAGGAUAAUCCAGAGUCAACCCGUAAUGAUGAACCUAUCCUCUUCGACACCUCCAUCAUACCUUGGUGGGCAUGGGUCAAAAGGUUCCAUCUACCAGAAGCCGAAUUACUUAAUGGUCGUGCUGCAAUGAUAGGUUUUUUCAUGGCGUAUCUGGUUGAUAGUUUGACAGGGGUUGGUCUGGUCGAUCAAACGAGUAACUUUUUCUGCAAGACUCUAUUGUUUGUAGCUGUGGUGGGAGUACUUCUAAUCAGAAAGAAUGAGGAUUUAGAUAAACUGAAGAAGCUUGUUGAAGAGACAACCUUUUAUGAUAAGCAAUGGCAAGCAACCUGGCUGGAUGAAACCUCUACCAGUUCCAAGAAAUAGUCAAAUUGAGUAGGCUCAAUACAUUAUCAUAAGUUCCGUCAGUUUGUUCUUCGCAUUUUCUAGUGCUGUAUUAUCCCGGUGCCCCGUUCUAGCGGGGAACCGAACCCUGAAAUCAAUAUCUAUCAUAGGUUAUAAUGAAGGAUUAACAACUUCAAACUAGGGUUGGGUUGGAAUUUAGGCUUAAGUUUCUUAGUCUUGGCUUGUGGAUUGUUAUGUUAUUGUUGGGCAUUUUGCACGUUACCUGAACCAUUCAUGCUUG